UGUCAACAUGGCUUCUGUAAAGUUCGUAGUAUUCGCAGCUGUAAUGCUUGCCCUGAACAUGCACUGGGCUCAGUGCCAGUAUUACCCAGGGUACGGUGGCUACUACCCACAGGUGUACAGUGGGAGAGACAAUGACAAUGACCUGGACACCAUCCUGCCAAUCCUGAUCCUCGCCAUGUGCGGAAGAGGAGGGUUCGGAGGUUUCGGCGGCGGCUGCGGAGGAGGAUGUGGUGGAGGCUGCGGGGGCUACGGGGGCGGCUGCGGGUGUGGACGUUGUUGAGGACACAAUUC